UUGGUUAAUGACGUUUUAGUGACAGCCUGUUCCCUCCCUCCCACUGCCUGGUGAGUGUGUAUGUAUGUGUGAGAGCAGACAGAGAGGCUGAGAAGCACAGAGGCAGUCUCUAACUCUAGCCCAAUGAGCUCUCAGCCCCUCACACACACACUCUCUCUCAGCGCUGGCUCAGGCUCCGCUUCAACACUGGGACACAGAGAGAGGCAGCAAGAGGCGGAGAAGGAGAGUAAGAGAGAGGGAGUGAGGAAGAGGAAGAGCGGGUGAUCGGUAGUGUGUAUGUGUGUGUGAGAGAGGGAGCACCAUGGCUUUAGACCCAGGGCUCGUAGCACUGCUUCUAUGGACUAUACCACUACAAGUACUGGGCAACGCCGGAAACAACCAUAACAAUGAAGUGAAUCUACUAGACACAUCCUCAAUAUCAGGGGACUGGGGCUGGCUAACAUACCCAUCACAUGGGUGGGACUCCAUCAAUGAGAUGGAUGAGUAUUUCAGCCCCAUCCACACCUACCAGGUGUGUAACGUGAUGAGUCCCAGUCAGAACAACUGGCUGAGGACAGGCUGGAUCGCUCGUGACGGAGCCAGGAGGAUCUACAUUGAGGUCAAGUUCACCCUCCGGGACUGUAACAGCAUGCCUGGAGUACUGGGAACCUGCAAGGAGACAUUUAACCUGUACUACUAUGAGUCAGACCGAACGGUGGGCACGGCCAUAAAAGAGACCCAGUUCACCAAGAUCGACACCAUUGCUGCUGAUGAGAGCUUCACUGGAGUCGACCUGGGAGUCAGGAGACUCAAACUCAACACUGAGGUUCGAGGUGUGGGCCCCCUCACUAGACGAGGCUUCUACCUGGCCUUCCAGGACAUUGGGGCGUGCAUCGCCCUGACCUCUGUGAGGGUGUACUACAAGCGCUGCUCGGGCGUGGGCCGCAACCUAGCCGUGUUCACUGACGUGGUGACGGGCGCUGACUCCUCCUCCCUGGUGGAGGUCAGGGGUCAGUGUGUGGAUCACGCCGAGGAGAGAGACACGCCCAAGAUGUACUGCAGCGCCGAGGGGGAGUGGCUGGUGCCCAUCGGGAGGUGUGUCUGCAGUGCAGGGUUCGAGGAGCACAGGGAGUCCUGCAUCGCGUGUGAGGUGGGUUUCUAUAAGCCAGUAGCAGGUGAUGGGUUGUGUGGGAAGUGUCCUCUACAAAGCCACUCAGAGACUAGAGCUGCCCUCGCCUGCCCCUGUGACUCCAGUCAUUACAGAGCCCCCACCGACACCCUUGCUGCACCCUGCACACGCCCCCCAACAGCUCCAGUAAACGUGAUAUCAUCAGUUAAUGGGACGUCAGUGAAUCUGGAGUGGGGGCGACCGCUGGACUCUGGGGGUCGCAGUGACCUGCUGUACAGUGUGCUCUGUCAGAAGUGUUCUGGGGAGGGGGGGCAGUGUGAGGACUGUACAGCAGGGUCAACCAGUGGUGGAGGGGGGAUGGGAGGAGGGGGUGGAGGGACAGUGGACCGUGCCGGUGUGGUACCGGUGCGGUUCGUUCCCCAACAGAGCUCUCUGACCGAACCCUGGGUGACUGUUCUAAACCUGGUUGCCCACGCCAACUACACCUUCCGCAUCCUAGCGAUGAAUGCAGUGACCCAUCUGAGCAACGAGCCGCCUCCCUUCGCCUCUGUCAACAUCACUACGAACCAGGCAGCCCCAUCCCAGGUAAUUGCGAUUCGUCAAGAGAACGCAAGUCAGAAUAGUGUCACUCUGCUGUGGCACGAACCAGACCAGCCCAACGGAGUAAUACUGGAGUAUGACGUCAAAUACUACGAGAAGGAUAAGGAGCAGCAGAGUUACUCCACCCUGAAGGCCAAGGGGACUACGGCCCGGGUGUCUGGUCUGAAGCCCGGUACCAGGUACAUCUUCCAGGUCCGGGCCAGAACCUCGGCAGGCUGCGGACGCUUCAGCCAGAACGUGGAGAUCCAGACCGGGAAAGCAAUUCCUCUGCGCUACGACACUAUGACCAUCAUCUGGAUCUGUAUGGUCCUGGUCUCUGGCCUCGUCACCUUCCUGGCCAUCGUCAUCUGCAGGAAACGGCAAGGCAACCCUUUCUUACACUACACCACUACCCGUGAUGUGGACGAGUCCUCUCUGACUCUACGUCAUUCACAUAUACACUGUGGCUAUAGCAAGGCCUUCCAGGACUCUGAUGAGGAGAAGAUGCACUACCAGAAUGGCCAUGUGUCAUUCCCCGACGCACGUUUCUACAUCGACCCACACACCUACGAGGACCCCUGCCAGGCCGUCCAUGAGUUUGCCAGAGAAAUUGAAGCUUCUAGGAUCAAACUGGAGAAAAUCAUUGGCUCAGGUGAGUUUGGGGAGGUGUGUUACGGGCGGAUGCGUCUCCCAGGGAAGAGAGACAUCCCGGUGGCUCUGAAGACGCUGAAGGCAGGAUACAGUGACAAGCAGAGGAGAGAAUUUCUGGCUGAGGCAUCAAUCAUGGCCCAGUUUGACCACCCUAACAUCAUCCACCUGGAGGGAGUGGUAACACGCAGUAAACCAGUCAUGAUCAUCACUGAGUACAUGGAGAAUGGAUCUCUAGACUCUUUCCUGAGGAGACAUGAUGGUCAGUUCACUAUAAUCCAGUUGGUGGGCGUGCUGCGUGGCAUCGCUGCGGGUAUGACCUACCUGGCAGACCUGGGCUACAUCCACCGCGACCUGGCAGCUCGUAACAUCCUGGUCAACAGCAACUUGGUGUGUAAGGUGUCUGACUUCGGCCUGUCUAGAGUCCUGGAGGACGAUCCUGAUGCAGCAUACACCACCAGCGGUGGUAAGAUUCCGAUCCGCUGGACAGCACCGGAGGCCAUCGCCUACAGGAAGUUCUCCUCAUCCAGUGACGUGUGGAGCUACGGCGUGGUCAUGUGGGAGGUGAUGUCAUACGGGGAGAGGCCAUACUGGAACCUCACCAACCGAGAUGUGAUAAAAUCAGUAGAGGAGGGCUACAGGCUGCCUGCUCCAAUGAGCUGUCCAGGUGCUCUACACACUCUCAUGCUGGACUGCUGGCAGAAGGACCGGAACGAGAGGCCUCGCUUCUGCCAGAUUGUUACGGUUCUAGACAAGCUUAUCCGGAACCCGGAGAACCUUAAGUCCGUGGACACGCUGUGCAGGUUAGGCACACCUCCCAUGAUGGACAGAAGUAUCCCAGACUUCAGCAGCUGUAGUUCCGUGGAUGAGUGGCUGGAUACCAUCAAGAUGGGCCGAUAUAAGGACCACUUUGCUGUAGGAGGCUACCAGACCUUGGGCCAUGUCAUAAGCAUGAACCAAGGGGAUAUACACAGACUGGGGGUGACACUGAUGGGCCACCAGAAGAAGAUCAUGACCAGUGUACAGCUGAUGCGUGUUCAGGUGCUCAACAGGAGUGUGCCCUCAGUGCAUGUGUAACUUCAGCCUCCAGGCUUCUCCAGCCAGCCGAAUGUCAAAUCUAGCCCCAGGCUUCUGAGGCCUAGUGGAACUUCAUUGGAAUAGAUCUAUGACUACUAUAAGAUUGUCUGGGUGACAUUUUGGUGAACUUUUCAAGACUUCUUCUUUGAGAGGUUGAAACUUCCAGAGGACGGAUAUGAAGGGACUCGAGUACAGUAGCCUAUCAAGUCCAUGGGACAUUUUCAUCAUUGUUUUUCCUAUUCAGAUAUGUUUUGUGAGUUCUGUGUCUUGUUUGUAAAAAUGGAUGGACUGCCUUAAUCUCCACAGACAAUUUUAAUUUUGUUGUAUACAAAGAGAGAUUUUAUGAAUAUGAAUUAAUUAGAAGAAUAUGUUAUAAUGGUUCUGAGUGAUAGCUUAGCAUACAGUAAGAGAGAGACUGACAGGGGCUGGAGCAUUCAGCUGUGUCCCCGAACACACAGCUUCUCUUAUGGUUCCCCUGAGAACCGGCCCCCGACUCCAAAACUGACAUGGCACAAGAAGACCCUGCACCUGACAAUGGACAAACAUAAAAAAAACUCAGAAGUCCCAAGUCUCCUCCAUCGAGGAGGAGACCAGUUUCAACAAGAGAGACAAACCCACACAGUAAACCUUUGAAUGACCAUGGGAGAGAAGCAUUGUGUUCUCUCCCUGUUACAGCUGCAUAGCGCACAACUACUGUAGAGAAGAUGUAUGGAUGAUGACUUAAUGUGAUGUGUCACUAUUUUGACUCUGUGGUCGUUAGAAGGGGAAAACUAAGAAUAGGAAAAGUUCUGUAUGUGGAAUGUUUUUAUCUAAAUACCCUGAAAACAAUAUACUUUAUGGUCCUAGUUUCUCUGUGCAAACAAGAGAAUGCUUUUCUUGUGCAACUCUGUAGGACUUAAUAGGUGGUUGUGUCUCUUUUUAUUAGAGAAGAACCUCAUAUUCCCUGAAUAUGCAUUGCAUAACUAUGGUGUCAUUUUAAUAAUGUUUCCGGAUCUUUAUCGAGAUGCUUAAAAAAUAUAUAUUGAAUUCCAUAUUUUAUAAAAGUAUGUUUUAUUAGAUGAAUUAAUUGACAAACAUCCUUCAGUUUGUCUAUACCAUUACAUACCUACAGUCACAGCAAUACAACUGGAUUUACUCACCUCUGUCUGAAAUUAGGUCUAUUUGCUGUCAAACUAAAUUCAAAAGACACGGGCUUUUUGCAAAGAUUGAUGGAUCAUCCUUGUUUCUAAUGUUGAAUCAUAAAAUGUGCAAAUAGUCCAUGAUAACACAAUAAAGAAAAACAAUUGUGUGUGUGUGUGUGUGUGUGUGUGUGUGUGUGUGUGUGUGUGUGUGUGUGUGUGUGUGUGUGUGUGUGUGUGUGUGUGUGUGUGUGUGUGCGUGUGCGUGUGCGCGUGCGCGUGCGCGUGCGCGUGCGUGCGUGUGUGUGUGUGUGUGUGUGUGUGACUGAAACAGCGGUACACUUCUGUAUACAUAGCUCAAUGCUGAUAGAGUCCACAACCAUGACUGA